AGGGCAUGUGUUCCAUGUAACAUCGGAAAUCUAUAUUACGAGAAAAUGACCCCGUGACCCAUGGGUUCUCAAUAGUGUGCCUUCUGUGGACUUAGCCGAUAUCUUAUUAUCAGAACAUGGUUCGUCACGUCGUGUCGUUAAUUAACUUGUGAUAUGUCACCGGUAUGCGAACCUCUGGUAGAUUUAUGUUAUUUACUGAAUUGCUCAAGUAUUCUAACUGAUUAUUGACGUACGAGCGUCAUAUGAUUAAUGUCCUCAUUUCAAGAGACAAUACGUGAAACACCUGCAAAGUAAGAGGAUUAAACGCAUAUCGUUACAUGCAUAACAUUACACAUGCAAAGUGGUAGAGUGUACAGGUGAGUAUUAAAGUGUGUUUAUUAUUCAACUGAAGGAUAUACAAUCUGUUUUACUGUGAACUGGCUUUAAGAAACUGAGUUUGGCCAUAGUUCAUCCAUUCCAUCUCAAGAAAAACAUUGAUGAUCUAAACGCUUAUACCGUUUCAACAUAGACUGUAGAUGAGUGUGUUCUCAUUUCACAACAACGUUUAUGCACGAAGCGCCGAAACGCGUCUGUUUGUAGUAAAUGGCGACGCGGAAGUUUAAACUGACGUUACGUGUGAGCGGACGGGAGGACGGACGGCCCGUGCACUUCAAGCAGGAUGGCCAGAGAUUUGAGCAUGCGCACACGGUGAAGCUUAACGCUAGUACAGACUAUGAAAUGAAGUUUACUAUUAAACCAGCCAUACACAUUGACAAGCUGAUGAUCAACGGCGAGCUGCACAAAAUGGAAGUAUGUGGGCUUGGUGAGGAGGCGGACGCCGCGGAUGGACGGACUUACACCACGACAUUCACCACGGUUGGCAUCGAGCAGUGCAAGAGCGGCAAGCGGAGGGAAGUGCUCAUUGUACUCGAGCUUGAAAAUGGUGUGUACAUGAAGGUGAUUCUACAGUGUAAGCUGUACCCGGUUGGGGAGACGAGCCACGCCAGUUGGGGAAACACCCUCAACGCCUUUGAGAUCGACUGUAGCCUCACUACAGCGCAUAACUACGUCACCGUUACCAAGGAGAAGUAUUUGUGACCCAGGAUAUGGCUGGCAUAGUUAUUAAUUUAGAGACUGUCUAAGGUCAUGGACUAUUUUAAGCAAGGAAACUGGAUAUGUUGCUUCCUUUAUCUUGAUAUGCUGGUUUUGAUAUCCUAGAUAUGGCUAACGACAUUCAAAACUGUGUAAUGUGACGAAUGUGAUAUAAAUCAAUCUUUGUGAAACCUUGGCACACUUUGUUUCCUGUGACUAUCAGAUCGAAACAAGUCGAUAAAGAAACGAUUGCUACUCAGGUCAUUAUCUUGUUUUUGUCAACGGACUUUGAAGCCUGUUAUUAGAAACACGUCAAUGAAAGAAACUAGUGUGACCAAGAUCAUGGCCUUGUUUACACCAACGGAAUAUUAAAGCCUGAGACUUUUAGACACAACUCAUUAAAGAAACGAUUGUGACCAAGGGCAUGACCUUGUUUACACCUACUGAACAUUAAAACAAGUGACUUUUAGAAGCAGCUCAAUGAAAGAAACGAUGAAACAUUUGAGACUCAAGUCAUGCCAAAGUACAUAUUUAAAUUAUUUUCAUUUCAUUUUUAAUACAAUACUCUUAUAAUUAGGGUUGUAUUCCAUAUUUUACACUUUCUACUAUAAAAUUGCAAAGACUUGUAUUUGAUUAUGUUUGGUGACGACAGUCAUGAUAAUAUAUUGACUACAAUGCUACUAUUAAUGUGUUUCAAUCGUCUUUUUUCAAAUCACAAGCAAGCUUGUGACAGGGAAAUUAUGCACACUUUUCCAGUGAGUUUAGAGAAUAACAUGACCAAAUGCAUUAAUGUUUACUUGAAGAUGGCGGGCCAGGAAUUAAUGAUAGAUACACUGGCACACUCAUUGUUUUCUCAGUUUGGCAUACAGACGUGUAAUACAUCGACCUGUACAAGCCAACAUGUGGUGAUUAUUGUUUAUAUUCAUU